UCCACGGCUCGACUCAGAAGCUCGAAACGCAAGUGGAUGAAACACAAGAACCCCUUUAAAACUAAGUCCAGACAUGGAAUCUGAACGAAAUGAUCUGAAUCCAGAAGAUGCAGGAGUAAUUUGAAUCUGUAUGGUAAACUAACUUUGCGGGGUGGUUUUCUUUCUUGAGUCAUAAGCAAAGAAAAGAAAAUGCAUCCCUUAGUGCAACGUCUGUGAACUGAAUCAUGCCCCCCAGAUAGCGGUCUCGUCAUCCUUUCCACUCCCCCCUCCCUUGUCCCUUGGCCCCGUCCUUUACCUUCCUGGUUCAUCGCCACCACUGCCAGCUUCACCACCAUAGCCACUAUGCCUCCCAGGAAGAGGACACGGGCGGGCUUGGGCUUCCUGUGCUGUUUUGGAAGCAGCGAGCCACCGGAGAUCAAUCUUAAGGACACCGUGCCGCUGCAGCUGCUGGAGUUCAGCUCCCCCAUGCCACCUGCAGAGGAGCUGCAUGCACGCUUUUCUGAACUGGUGGAUGAACUGGACUUGACUGACAAGAAUAGAGAGGCUAUGUUUGCACUGCCCAAUGAGAAGAAAUGGCAGAUCUACUGCAGCAAGAAGAAGGAACAAGAAGACCCCAACAAGCUGGCGACCAGCUGGCCCGACUACUACAUAGACCGCAUCAACUCCAUGGCCGCUAUGCAGACAUUGUUUGCCUUUGAUGAGGAAGAAAUGGAAAUGCGGAACAAGGUGGUGGAAGAUCUGAAGACAGCACUCCGAACCCAGCCAAUGAGGUUCGUCACACGAUUCAUCGAACUCGACGGACUCACCUGCCUGCUCAAUUUCCUGCGCAGCAUGGACUACGAGACGUCAGAGAGCCGCAUACACACUUCAGUCAUCGGCUGCAUCAAGGCCCUGAUGAACAACUCGCAGGGACGCGCUCACGUCUUGGCCCAUCCGCAAAGUAUCAACACCAUCUCUCAGAGCCUGCGGACGGAGAACAUUAAAACUAAAGUGGCGGUUCUGGAGAUUCUCGGAGCCGUUUGCUUGGUGCCUGAUGGACACAAGAAGGUGCUUCAGGCCAUGGCGCAUUACCAAAAAUAUGCUGCAGAGAGGACUCGAUUCCAGACACUCCUCAAUGAGCUGGACAGAAGCACUGGUCGCUACAGGGACGAAGUCAACUUGAAGACGGCAAUCAUGUCCUUCAUCAACGCAGUGCUCAAUGCUGGAGCUGGAGAGGACAACCUUGAGUUUCGUCUCCACUUGAGGUACGAAUUCCUGAUGUUGGGCAUUCAGCCAGUUAUUGAUAAACUCCGAGAGCACGAUAACGCCACUCUGGACAGACAUUUGGACUUCUUUGAGAUGGUGAGAAAUGAGGAUGACUCUGAGCUGGCCAAACGAUUUGAUAUAUCCCAUGUGGACACAAAGAGUGCUGGUGCCAUGUUUGAGCUGAUCAAGAAAAAACUGAGCCACACAGAUUCCUACCCACAUCUUCUCUCGAUCCUUCAGCACUGCCUGCAGAUGCCCUAUAAACGUGGAGGUUGCAGCUUGCAGCACUGGCAGCUUUUAGACAGGAUCCUGCAGCAGAUCGUCCUGCAGGACGAAAAGGGAGAGGACCCAGAUGUCUCCCCACUCGAUAACUUCAGUGUUAAGAACAUUAUUCGCAUGCUGGUCAAUGAAAAUGAGGUGAAAUUGUGGCGAGAACAAGCCGAGAAGUUCAGGAAAGACCAUGCAGAGCUAAUGGCUAAACUGGAGAGGAAAGAGAGGGAGUGUGAGACAAAGACCCAGGAGAAGGACGAGAUGAUGAAGACUCUGAACAAGAUGAAGGACAAGCUGCAACGUGAGGGCGUGGAACUGCGUUCGGCCAGAGAGCAAGUCCUGGACUUGUCGUCGCGCAUCAAUGACUUUGCACAGGGCAGCAGUGUUUCCAUGCUGCCUCCCCCUCCGCCUCCUGGAGCACCAGUGCCUCCACCUCCUCUACCUAUGUCAGGCAGCUUUCCUCCACCACCACCUCCACUGCCGUUCAGCUGCCCACCGCCACCCCCACCGCCUCCUCCGCCAGGGGCACCUCCUCCUCCACCUGGAGCGCCUCCUCUUUUUGGAGCGCCACCUCCUCCCAUCCCCUCUUCAUUCAACUCCAUGAACAUGAUGCGGUCAAAGUCCAUUCCUCAGCCUUCUCAUCCACUAAAGUCCUUCAACUGGAGCAAAUUAGGAGAGAAUAUGAUCAACGGCACCAUCUGGAAUGAAAUUGAUGACCUGAGGGCGUUCAAGAUUCUGGACCUGAAGGACAUAGAGAAGAUGUUCUCAGCAUAUCAGAGACAGCAGGACCUGCUAACUAACCAAUCCUUCAAACAGAAAGAGACUGGCUCUAUGGAUGACAUCUAUGUCAGCACACGGAAGGUCAAAGAGCUGUCGGUCAUCGAUGGCAGACGUGCUCAGAACUGCGUCAUCUUGCUUUCAAAGUUGAAAAUGACAAAUGAAGAAAUCAAAAGGGCGAUACUAGAGAUGGAUGAGAGAGAGGAGCUAGCCAAAGACAUGUUGGAGCAGCUGCUUAAAUUUGUCCCUGAGAAAAGUGACAUAGAUCUUUUAGAAGAGCAUAAACAUGAGUUGGAGAGGAUGGCCCGAGCUGACCGCUUCCUCUUCGAGAUGAGCAGAAUUGACCACUACCAGCAGAGACUACAGGCUCUGUUCUUUAAGAAGAAGUUUGCAGAGCGUUUAGCUGAAACCAAGCCUAAGGUUGAAGCCAUCCUGAACGCCUCUGUGGAGGUGGUCCGGAGCAAGCGUCUGACUCAGGUCCUGGAGGUGGUGCUGGCCUUUGGAAACUUCAUGAACAAGGGCCAGCGGGGGAACGCCUUCGGAUUCAAGGUUUCCAGCCUGAACAAGAUCGUCGACACCAAGUCGAGCAUAGACAGGAACAUCACCAUGUUGCACUACUUGAUCAUGAUCUUUGAGAAGAACUACCCAGACACGUUGCACAUCCAGGAAGACCUCAGGAGUGUCCCUGAAGCCGCCAAAGUCAAUUUGUCAGAGUUGGAAAAAGAAGUGCACAACAUCAAAAGCGGGCUGAAGGCUCUCGAGGCGGAGCUGCACUACCAGCAGAGCAGGAUGAGGGAACGUGGGGAUAAGUUUGUGGCUGUGAUCGGUGACUUCAUCACUGUGGCUGGGUUUAGCUUCUCUGAACUGGAGGACCAGCUGAGUGAAGCCAAGGAAAAGUUUGCCAAAUCUCUGAAGCACUUUGGAGAAGAAGAAGGGAGGAUGCAGCCUGACGACUUCUUCGGCAUCUUCGACAUCUUCUUGCAGUCGUUCAGUGAAGCUCGGCAGGACCUGGAAAACAUGCAGCGGCGCAAGGAGGAGGAAGAGCGGAGGGCACGGAUGGAGGCCAUGCUGAAGGAGCAGAGGGAGCGUGAGCGGCGGGCUAAGAAGGGCGGGGCCCCAGAGGAGGUCGGCGGGGAGUUUGACGACCUGGUCUCUGCGCUACGCUCUGGGGAGGUCUUCGACAAGGACCUUAACAAAUUCAAGCGAAACCGGAAGCGCUCCGUCAACCAGCUAGUGGAAGGUGGUGGCCGAGAGAGAGCCGUCACCAAGGUGAAUUACUAAAGUUGGAAAGAGGAAGUAGAAAAGCAAAACUUAAGAGAACUAAAAUUUGCCGUGGCGUAGAUCAACUUCAAUCUAGGUCUUUGAACAGUCACGGCUUCCUUUGGAGCAGAUGUUAGCAACAGCUGGACUGGACAUGUAGAGACAUCCACGGACAGCUACGCUGCCUCAAAAGAUGCAACACUCUCCUCGGAUUGAUCUUCUGAAGCUGUUUCCGACCCGUUUAUCUCCGUAGUUGGGAUGGAAAGAUGGACAGACCACUGUGACACAUUGUCCCACGUCAUCUAACUGUAUCCAUUGAACACUGUUCUUCAGGUUCUCCUUGUCGAUCACUCCUGCUCUUCCUCAGAAACCUUCUCUGUUCUUCUGAGAGCUCUAUGGUGCUGAAGUUUGGUUAUCAGGAUCAGAACUCUGGGAUUAGUCAGUCACGUUGUAUAUAUAUAGACACCAAAUGGAAAGUUUGGAAACUUUUGAAGCCUGGCAGGUUAAAUAAAAACACAAAAGAUAGAUGAGGGGGUGGGGGGGUCUAAGCCAUUACAUCCACAGUUAUGGUGCUUUUUCCCUGAGAGAAAAACAAGAUUUUUCAGCCACAGAAUGGAUCUACGAUCGCAAACCUCUGACACUAGAACAAUGGGUAUGGAGUCAAGAAUCUCCUGUUGCUUCACAAAAAUGAAUCCCUACCAGUGGCUUCUGAUGGCACACUGCAUCCACAAGAACAUACCAACUACAAAUUUUCGAGGAAAAACAAAAAACUACUCCUCACAUAUAAAACUAGAACAAUGAUUGUGCCACAAGAAUUAAGCCUCAACAUGUGUAAAUGGUUUGGAAGUCUUUCUGGCAUUAAGUAGUGCCAAAGCAGAGAAGAAAAACCAAUGUAAAUGUAUUUACACUAAAUAUUCUGCAAUUAGGCAUUGAUAUAUAUUUAUAUUUAGAUGCAGACAAGCUAAUUGCAAAGAUGUAGAAGUUUGGGUUUUUUAUGUUUCAGCAUUUUGGGAUUUUGUACACAAUGCAUUCUUUUAUGGUGUUGCAGAUUCACUUUGCUGUCGAACUUAACUUACUAAAUAUUUUGUGCUUGACGAAUGAGAGGUAACUGCUCAUCCUUUUUCACUCCUUCAUGUCUCGUUUGCACUGUAGUUUUUUAUGUUUUUGUUUUUUUGACAAACAUUCAGAUUUAAACUCUAGCCAACAAAAAAACGGAUGACGGAAUGCCAUAAACAAACGUAAAGGAGAAUUCCUCUUUAAUCAGUUUACAAUACUGUCGCUAUCUGUAGCUACUUCUUCUCAGAUCUGCCUGUACUACACUUCAUCAGUUUCAUUAUUGAUCCCCCAUUUGUCUCAGACAAAUGGGGUAAUUGUUUUUCUUUUUGUUGCUUCCUUUUUUAUUUCUUGUAACACUGGGGUAUAACAAGGCACUUAAAAUUAGACUAAAUUGACUGGAUACCAACAGGACACAAAGGCUCCAUGCUUACUUAUAUUGGGGCUAGUGGUUGCCAAAAACACAUAGAAGCUAGCUUUAUUUGUUUUCAUAAGAUUUUCCAGUUUUAGUUGGGAGGUAGAGGGAGUUAUUAUUAUUUGCACAUGCUUUUCCAAAACUUCAGCAGCAGGAAUGAUGCGAGUUGCAAUUGUUUGCAAUAUGUAGCUCUAUUUCUAAAGGAUACAGUAUCCAGAUCUAAGUCAUCAGAUCUAAACCAUUUCAAAAACCAUGACUUUUCCUAGUUUAAUUCAGUCUAGGUUUGAAUAACUAGCAAGCAACAGCUUGUGAGGCAUCCAAGACUGCACUCAGUCUUUGGGAAAACGAUGUUUGAACUCCUUGACUUUGUUCCGACGUUGCAAAAGAGACGCUUAUUCAGUUUCCUGGAAAACAGAAGCAGUUGUUUCCAUAGCAUCAAUUAAAUUAAACCUAACCCACUUGUUUACAAUUUUAUUUAUAUUAGGUAAGAAAUAUCCCCACUCCAUAUUUAAGGAAAACCGUAUACAUCCAUGUGCUCAACUACAAAAAGGACGUAACAAAGGCCUUUCCAUUUGACCCAUAUUUUUACAUCUUUUCUGCUAAAUGUUUGUAAAUGUUCACCGUUAAGUGCCUCAGAUCCUGUUUUUUUUCACACAAAUCAUUCCUCUGUUUUAGUGUUUGUGGCUCUGCAGAAAUCUGUUUUAUAUGGUCAUUAAAUUAUAGUUGGUUUGCAGUAACUGGCGCCAUCUUGCGGUCAAAGAUGGUACAAUUGAUUUCCAAGUCAAUCUAAGCUCCAGGUACUACACAAAUCGCCUCAGAACAACUUUUUUUCUUUUUUCCUUUGGGCUGUGAUUGACUGUAUAAUGUGCAGAUAAUCCCCUGUAGCUUUAAUUUAUCCUUUUUUGUCACUGUGACACCUCAUAUUUAAUAAAUUUAAGACCCAGAUGUGAAGUUGAGAUGGCGCAGAGAGCUGCAGGCUCUAGAGAUUAGCCCUUACACCAAAUUAUUUAGACACUUUAAAUUAAAAGGAGUCAUCUCUUCUUAAACCAGCAUUUUAAUCUAUUUUUGAGCUCUUCUUUUCAACCUCUGCUCUCCUUCCUCUUGCAGCUAAUCAGUCAAUAUACCAGACUUCAGCAGACUAUUUUUAAGUUCCUCAUUUAGAGCUUCAACCCAUUUAGUGCAGAGUAUUCACAGAGGGAUAUUUGAAAAGUUGUCAGUAUUAAUACAUGUUUGUGUUGUUACAUUUUUGGAUGCUUAUUUGGCCAUUGACUGGCUGUUUUGAAGUGUAAAGAUGGAAAUCAGAGGAAAGAAAUUAGUAGCUUGUUCAAUGCACUUUUUAUAAUGUUGAUGAUGAUGAUGAGACAUUUCCAUUUGCAGCACCAAUUUCAAGGACUUGGCUCCUUCUGAAGACAAUAGCUGUGCAGCAAAUUAGUGUUGCUAAAAGUAAGGUGUGUAGAGAGAAGAAUGGAAAGUGAGGACAAGGAUGCUGGCAUUUCAAACAAGUUGACAGUCAGUGUGAGCGGCAGGGAUGGGAUGUGGAAAUUCAUUUAAAAAAAGAAGAAAACUUCUUCGGGGUUUUGGGUGGGUUCUGUCUCCACCGUAUUUGUUGUUACAUGCACAUGACGUUGUUCUGCAUGCAUACAGAAGGUCACACAAAGUAUGAUUUAUUGAUCAUUUAAAAGAACAUUGUUUGUAGAAUGCAACCCACCUGUUACACCACGGUCUGUACCGCCUGAGAAAAGUCGCACCCAUUCUUCGAGUUUGUAUAAUUGUGAGAAGUCAGUAUUUUUUACAGUUGGAAAUAAUAAAAGAAAUUAAAAAAUGCUCCACUGAAAGAUGUACAGUUGGAAAAAUGAAAAGCAUUUUGUACACCUUUGUUGAUGUUUGAGGUAAGAUUUAAAAAAAAAAAAAAAAAAAAAAGAUGAAA